AUGGCUUCCUCCAAGCUUCUUUUCCCUUUGCUUCUCUGUUCCGUUUUCCUUUUUCUUCUUCUGCCUAUAUCUAAUGCUCAUCUUCUCAAGGCUUGUGAGUUUGAGGCCAUAUACAACCUUGGGGAUUCAAUUUCUGACACUGGCAAUUUGAUCCAAGAGGACCCUGCUUCUGUUUUUUCUAGACUUCCCUAUGGCCAAAACCUGUACAGGAAUCCAACUGGUAGAUGCUCCAAUGGCUUGCUCAUUAUUGAUUUCAUUGCAAAAUCAGCUGGUAUUCCACUUCUUGAAGCAUAUUUGAAUGCUAGUUCCAGCAAGACACAUGGCGUGAAUUUUGCAGUUGCUGGCUCUACUGCAUUGCCUGUGGAAUUUCUUGCAGAAAAAGGAGUGAUUGCCCCUGUCACCAAUAGUUCUCUUACCAAACAACUCAACUGGAUGCAUACCCAUUUCAAUACAACCUGCCAUAGUUCCAAAGAAUGUGUAGAGAAACAUAAGAGAUCUUUGUUCAUGGUUGGGGAGAUUGGAGGCAAUGAUUAUAACUAUGCUUUCUUUCAAGGCAAGAGUAUUGAUGAGUUGAAGUCCAUGGUAUCUGAUGUUGUUAAAGCUAUCAAAGAAGCUGUUAUGGUUAGUUAA